AUGAGCGAUCUCAUCUCCAAGAGGUCAAAUUUUCGCAUUUUAAUGUUCCCCUGGUUUGCUGUUGGUCACUUGACUCCAUUCCUCCACCUAUCAAACAAGCUUGCAGAGAAGGGUUGUACCAUAUCUUUCUUGCUACCCAAUAAAGCCAUUAAACUAUUACAACAUUUCAAUUUAUACCCUGAUCACAUCACUUUCCACCCUGUGAAGGUUCCUCAUGUUGAAGGUCUCCCUCUUGGCACCGAGACUGCCUCCGAUAUUCCUAUUUACUUGACUCAUUUUCUUUGCGUUGCCAUGGACCGCACAAGAGACCAAGUUGAGAAAAUUAUACGGGACCAAAAACCUGAUUUUGUCAUGUAUGAUAUGGCAUAUUGGAUACCAGAAGUGGCCAGGCCCCUUGGGAUCAAGACAAUAAAAUAUUCUGUUGUUUCAGCUGCUGCAAUAGCAAUAGUUCUCGUCCCAGCACGUAAUGUUGUCGAAGGUAAGGCCAUAACUGCGGCUGAAUUAUCAGUGCCGCCUACCGGCUAUCCAUCAACUUCUGUGGUGCUCCGAGGCCACGAAGUGAGUUCAUUGCUCUUUGUAUCACAACCCUACGGCGAGGGGAUAACGUUUUAUGAGAGAGCCUGUACAGGAAUGAAAGGAUGUGAUGCAAUUGCUAUAAGAUCAUGCUAUGAGAUGGAAGAAAAAUUGUGUGAUUAUAUAGGUAGGCAGUAUGGGAAACCAGUUUUUUUAACAGGUCCAGUUUUGCCUGAAUCAGCCAGGACUCCUUUAGAAGACCGUUGGGCUCAAUGGCUAAACCGGUUUGAAGCUGGCUCAGUGGUAUUUUGCUCAUUUGGAAGCCAACUCAUCCUUGAAAAGGAGCAGCUCCAAGAAUUGGUUCUAGGGUUCGAGUCAACAGGUUUGCCGUUUUUAGUGGUUUUAAAGCCACCAGUGGGUUCAUCAACAAUCGGAGAAGCAUUGCCGGAGGGGUUUGAAGAGAGGGUUAAAGGGAGAGGAGUGGUUUGGGGUGGAUGGGUGCAACAAUUGGAGAUUUUAGAUCAUCCAUCAAUAGGGUGUUUUGUGAACACUUGUGGGUUUGGAUCAAUGUGGGAGUCUUUAAUGAGUGAUUGUCAAAUAGUAUUGGUGCCACAUUUGGGUGACCAAAUCUUGAACACAAGGUUAAUGGCUGAAGAGUUGAAGGUGGCUGUAGAGGUGGAAAGAGAUGAGAAAGGGUGGUUUACAAAGGAGAACCUUUGCAAUGCUAUCAAGUGUGUCAUGGAUAAAGAUAGUGAAGUGGGUUCCAUGAUAAAGAAGAAUCACACCGAGUGGAGGAAGCUUUUGAGAAGCGAAGGGUUCAUGAGUAGUUAUAUCGACAAGUUUUUCCAAAACAUGCAAGAACUUGUUGAUCAUAAGUGA